UGGCGGCGGUACCGCGCGGGCGCGGCACCCGGAAGUCGGCGGCGGCUGAGGCGACCUUGUGGCCCGUAUGAGCAAAGCCACCCUGUGGCCGCCAUGUGCAUCAUCUUCUUUAAGUUUGAUCCUCGCCCUGUUUCCAAAAAUGCAUACAGGCUCAUCCUGGCAGCCAACAGGGAUGAAUUCUACAGCAGACCGUCCAAGUUAGCGGACUUCUGGGGCAACAGCAACGAGGUGCUCAGUGGGCUCGACAUGGAGGAGGGGAAGGAAGGAGGCACGUGGCUGGGCAUCAGCACACGGGGAAAGCUGGCGGCACUCACCAACUACCUGCAGCCACGGCUGGACCGUGAGGCCCGGGGCCGAGGAGAACUCGUGACCCAUUUUCUGACCACUGACAUGGACAGCUUGUCCUACCUGAAGAAGGUCUCUAUGGAGGGCCACCUGUACAACGGCUUCAACCUCAUAGCAGCCGACCUCAGCACAACGAGGGGAGAUAUCAUUUGCUACUAUGGAAACCGGGGGGAUCCUGAGCCUGUUGUCCUGGCGCCAGGGACCUACGGGCUGAGCAACGCACUGCUGGAGACGCCCUGGAGGAAGCUGUGCUUUGGGAAGCGGCUCUUCCAGGAGGCCGUGGAGCGGUGCCAGGCACUGCCCAAGGAUACCCUGGUUGCCCAGCUCCUGGAUGUGCUCAGCAAUGAAGAGGCACAGCUGCCAGACCCAGCCAUUGAGGACCAGGGCCAGGAGUACGUGCGGCCCUUCCUGAGCAAGUACUCGGCCGUGUGUGUGCGCUGCCCAGGCUAUGGCACCAGAACCAACACCAUCAUCCUUGUGGACACGGAUGGCCACGUGACCUUCACCGAGCGCAACAUGCUGGACAAGGACCCAUCCCGCUGGGAGACCAGUACCCAUGAGUUCACUCUGCAGAGCUAGCCCAACAAUCUGGGCGCAGCCAGCAGGCUCAGGGAAGGAUCACAGGCCAGUUUGGAAGGGAACCCUCCCCAGCCACACUGCACUGCCUGGGACUUGGCCGGCGUCUGCCAGGAUCAUGGACUUCUGAUUUGUGUGUGACCUAUCUUGUUCCCCGCACCCAGCUCAGGGUCUGCCCUUAUGCCAGUGGGGGACAGUGGAGCCCAACACAGGUCUGGGGCAGGACCAAGAGUGCUGUGAGCACAUGAAUACACCUGGGCCUCCCCUGCACACAUGUAAGAUACAUGCAUACGUGCCUCAUAGGCACGUGCACAGGUCCACCAUCCUGAGGCUCACGUGCAAAGACUCACGCACACACUUGUGUAUCUUUCCUCCUCAGGCACUGUUGGCCAGGUCAAAUGACAGAAGUCACCCCUCUCUGGGGGAACUGGGCAUGGAUUUGCUUCAGUCCCAACUACCAGACCUGCUCCUGAAGAGGACACCAGCCACAUUUGGACACAAGCACAAAGAAAGCCCAGUUGAUUCAGUGUCCUUACGUGUGCUGGAGUCUUGUGUGUUUGGACAGUCCUGUGUGUGCCAGGUGGUCUUUGUGUAUGUGGGGGGCUCUCAGACCCCUGCUUGCCCACCUGGGGCUGUGGGUUCUGGCCGCCCACCUUAGCAAUGGGCACAGCCAGCUCCUGCCCUCUUCCUCCUCCUUGCGAGCCAGACUUUGUAGGAGUCUGUACUUGAAUAUGAGCUGCUGAUAAUAAAACUCAGGCUGUGGUGA